UAACUCGUCGGACUAGUCGCGUUGCGACCGCGCGUUAGUACGCACGUACUUCGAAAUAAACGACGAGAAAAUAUACGACGAGAUAAGAAGAAAAAUAUCAUCACACAUCUUUAUAUUUGAAAAAGAAAUUUCCUUUUGCCCCUUUUUUUUUCUCCCCCUACUUCCUUUCCUUAUCGUCUUAUCUAUUUAUCUAUUGGACCAGCGGUAAUCGUGUGUGACGCUAUAAGAACGAAUUAAUUUUCUUUUCUUUUUGUUUUUUUUGUUUAUUUGUGUGCACGAAUUAUUACAACCUGAUAUAUCAACAUUAAAUUAAUUAUCAAGAAAAAACUUAUAACGGGUUAUUCCUUAGUGAUACGUGAAUUUGUAUUUUUCGUUUUUUUUAGACUUUACAUUCAAUUUCGGUGUGUUCAAUUGGUGCCGUGAUAAAACAAGAAAAUUAUAAGGAAUAAAGUAAAGAACAUUUGUUAAACUUUUUCAACGAUGAAUGCAAGGAUUACAUCAUGACAGAUCAACAGAAACAACUUAAGGCAGCGUGAUGCCAAAGGAAUCUUGUUGGGGGUUACUGCUAACCCUAGUGCCGUUAUUCGUCGGUGUCUGUGAUCUCGCCGGCGCAAUAUCCGGUUCUCAGUAUCCGGUGUGUAAGCCAGGUCUAGAAUUCUGGUCCACCGAACGUGCAUCUUGCUGGCCCUGUACGAGAUGCGCUCCCGAAUUCACAUUGAGCCCUUGCGCAGUGCAUAAAGACGCAAUUUGUGGACCACUCUCAGCUUUGGAGCUUGACUGGUCUUUUCUUUCAACGAGAAAAAGGCCUGAGAACGGACAGAGACGUCUGGAAGCGGUAACAUCAAAGAUGCUUUGGCGAUUUCCGGAAUUAGAUCAACAACAACAACAACAACAACAGCAGCAACAACAACAGUCACAGGAGGAACGACAGCAAGAGAAGUUAAAACAGGAAACGAGGAGUCUCGUCGAUGCUACUUAUGACGACGAAAUAAACGUGGGACACGUUGACGAGUUCUCUUCUCAAGAACAAAAAAGGCCAUAUGACCCUAGAGAAAGGAGAAAAUCUAACAUCCACGAAGGAACUCUUUUGUGGGAUUGGCAGACCGCCGCCCUUGUACUAGCGGUAUGUGCCUGUGUGGUCUUCUUUUUGGUAGCGGGUUGUUCGGCCUUGGUUUAUGCGAGACAGUGGCGAAGGAUGAAAAAAAAUUUUGAACCAGUCGGUCUCGAAGAAAUCUCUGCCCGAUUAAAUGUUAUGGUGAAGGCAGAAUUGGCUGAACUCGUUGCAGGUGCACCGAUGAGUCCAGGUGAUCCAGAAACUAGAUGUCAGUACCUUGAGAAAUUAUUAGACCGGAAACGCGAAACUCCGGUGGUGGCUGGUUGGCCGGAAGUGGGUGGGAACCUCUACAUCGAGGAAGGGGAGACACCGAGAAGUAAACGUUCACAAAUCGCGCGGAUUCAUCGAAACAUCGAAACGAUUCUCAGCCACAAGACGAACGUCAUUGACUGAUCUAACUAAAUGCAAAAGAAAGAAAGAGUAAAAAGAAACCGAGAGAAAGAGAGAGAGAGAGAGAGAGAGAGAGA